AUGCAGCCAAUGUCCAAUUGCUUCCUUUGGCUAGACGGUCCGCUGACCACCGCUACUGGCAGCACUCAGCCAAUGGACUGCAACAUCAAAACGAAGGCCGAUUGCCUUUUCAGCUUGACUGUUCCUGAGCUGCUCAGCACGGAGCGUUACGCAUUUCAACUUCAUCUCGAAGUGGACAGUGCCGACGACGAAUUUCCUCCGUGGAGCCUUGUCGGUCUGGACGGCGGCCUUGGGAGGACCUUCGAAAUCGCUGUGAACGGUUCAGCCGUGCCCACCACUUCGACUACCACAACACUUGCCAACUUAACUUUGCAACUUUUCCCCAGCGUGCCUGGCACUAUUUUCGAUGAAAGGGUGCAUGGUGUUACAUCGUACUAUAAGGUGCUACAACCUUAUGAGAUUGGUCCGAUAUGUAUACUUUUUCGAUUGUCCUCGGAUCUCUAUGGUGGCGAGAUCAGUUUACAUCUGCCUCCUUAUUUCGAGCUUCCAGAUCCGGACGAAGGAUAUGACCGCUUCCACAGACCAUUUUACAUUUCAGCAGAUCCCGUCCUUUUCCCGCUGAUCCUCCUCACGAAUGCCACAGAAGACGUGAUGGCAUUGCCUUCAGGAUCAGAGGCUAUGCCUGCUUCGGAUGACGAGGGCAGGGCCGUGUUGAAAAUCGACCUGGCUGGAGAGCGACUGAUGUCCGGUGUCCUCUACGCCUUCCAGUUUGACUUGCAGAAUCCCGUCUCCGCAAAGGCAGCCGAGUACUAUCCGCUUCCACCUCCACUUGUCGAGAAUGUGACAAACGAAACAAACAUGACCAAUAUGAGCAAUUAUAGUGAGAACGAAAGCAACACUACGAGCGCAUACGAGCCCGAGAGCAUCAACAAAUGGCGGUUUGCCACUGUUGAUGGGACCGGCCAGAUGAUCCACGAUCAGACAGUUGAUGGCUACACACUGGAGCCGCCUGCGAAUGUGAGCAACAUAUCUUCUGGCCCAGUACAACUGUUCGAACUGUUUGAAGCAGCUGCUUUCGUUCCCAGCUCGGUGGAUGCAGACGCGAUCAACGUUAUCUGUGCCGGAUUCAGAUUGCGAAGCCGGGCGUGCUUGUCGCCGUAUGGCUGCGAAAUCCACAUUUACCCACCUCCUGGCUUCUUACCGGAAUCGGAGUUCUGCGGAAGAGCCUUUCAAAGGGGAACCUUGGCGAAGCAUGUCGCGAAGGCUUUAGGUCACGAGCAUGGCCUCGAUCCUUUGACUGCCUGUACCAUGCAGCUGAACCAGACAUCCAUGCAGACUCACAUUACACUUCUUCUGCCCCCGAGCGACUUGAUGGAUUUCACGUCGUAUGCUUUCCAGUUUACGUUGGUGAACCCGUCCCAAACACCUGGAGACAACAACUGGGCCUUGCAGCUGUGGAGCGUUGAUGCACAAGGUGGAGAAUUCGAGAGGCACCUUACACACCACCAAGAUGAUGUGUCUGGGUUCGAAGUGGAUAACUCUCCAAUUGUACGUCCAAUGCAGUAUGUUCGUGCAGACAAAGCUGCACGUUUGUUGGACAACGACUACGCAGUCGCCUUGGAGUUCAAGACGAGCCGUGAUUGUGGUGGCGCCGACUGGGUUGGCAGUGGCAUCUGGGGUGAUACAGUCUGCUUGAUGGAGGUACACCUACCUCCAGGCCGUUGUCCACCGAACUGGGCAUUCGAUGCUCCAAGCACCGGUUUCCUGGAGUGCAUGGACGUUGGCCUCUUCCCCGAGCUGGUAGAAACCCGGUGCCUACCUGCUGGAGCUCAAGUGGCCUUGAGAAAGAACGAAACCGGCUGCUGGUUCGAGUUCAUCACCGGGAUUCUGAGAGACACUUGGGAUUAUGCAUUUGUGCUGUAUGUCUCUUCUGCCCAUCCGCUGCAGACAUCGGAGAACGAGUGGACCGUGCACUUCAUCGAAAACGGACUUUCCAUGAUCAAUGCAGAAAGUCUGCCGGCGUUCUCCCUUAUCUCCACAACCAGCACAACCACCGGGCCCUUCCUUCGUGCUGCACUCUUUGGAAUGAUCGAGGACAGGUUGUUGCCUCCCGUCGUCUGCCUCAGCUUCGAAGUUCAAGACGAGAUUCUCGAGCAGCCGACUUUACGCCUGUACAUGCCAGAAGGCUUUCGAAGCAUUGGUGGUUCCUGCGGGUAUGCUGAAGCCAACACAACAUUUUUUCCGGAAUGCGGCGGCGAGAUGCUCGUGCCAGCAUCGGAGAUCUCUUGCCAGGAAGGGUUCGACAAGCAGCAACUUCGAUAUUACUUGCACUUCGAGGCCUCAGGUGAUGCGAACAGCUCUUCCGGCUUCGCUUUUCAAUUCCAGGUGAAGGCCCCGCGGACGAACCCAGAACAGAACACGUGGAGCUUGACGCUGAGUACUCAGACCCACAAG